CGGAGGCGCUGCCAGGAGGCCCCGACCCAGCGGCGGCCGAGGCGUGAGGGAGCGGAGCGCAGCGGAGCGGGCGGCGUCCCCCGGCCGCACCCCGGCCCCGGCCACGCUGGCGCCCGGGGACCCCCCCGAGAUGCCGGUUCGGAGCGAGAGGCGCCGCGCUGGAGGGGCGGGGGGCUCGGCCUCCUCCGCCGCCGCCGGAGCGGCCGCCAGCAGCCUGGUGCCGCCGCCCCCCAUCAACACGGCGCAGCCCGGGGUGGCCACUUCGCUUCUCUACAGCGGGGCCAAGUUCCGCGGGCAGCAGCGCAGCAAAGGCAACGCCUACGAGGUGGAGGUCGUCAUGCAGCAUGUGGAUAUGGAAAACUCCUAUCUCUGUGGAUACUUGAAGAUUAAAGGCCUUACAGAGGAGUACCCAACCCUCACCACGUUCUUCGAGGGCGAGAUAAUCAGUAAGAAACACCCGUUCCUGACGCGCAAGUGGGACGCCGACGAGGACGUGGACCGCAAACACUGGGGGAAAUUCCAGGCUUUUUACCAGUAUGCAAAAACAUUUAACUCUGAUGACUUUGAUUAUGAAGAUCUAAAAAAUGGGGACUAUGUCUUCAUGAGAUGGAAGGAGCAGUUCCUAGUCCCAGAUCACACCAUCAAGGACAUCAGUGGUGCUUCCUUUGCUGGUUUCUAUUACAUCUGCUUCCAGAAGUCAGCAGCAUCUAUAGAGGGCUAUUACUACCAUAGGAGUUCAGAAUGGUAUCAGUCGUUGAAUUUAACGCACGUUCCCGAGCACAGCGCUCCUAUCUACGAGUUCCGAUGACAGCUGCCCACGUCUGAGAACACCCAGAAGCAAAGGGGCAGGAGGGCAUGGCCUGCCAGGAGAACUGUGUCCCUGUGGGAGCACGGCAAUGCACGCUUCUCUCCUGCCCUUGGACUCGAGAGAGAGAGAGAAAGAGAGCCUGGAUGUGAACUCACCCAGCCCGAGGAGCUGCUGGAGCUUUGUUCUCCCUCCUGUCGAGUGGCCAUUUGAUCUUUACUCUGGUUUUAAGCUACUUUAAUGCACUUUCUUGUUGCACAGCUCGUUUCUCUGUCACUGAAGUUCCUCCCGGCUCUCCUCUGGAAGCUGUUUCUCAGUAGCUGGAAUCAGUGCUCUGGCCUCUAAAUAAUAAGGAAAUGUAAGCUCAAGGCUUAUAUUUUCCUUGUUGUAUCCUGAUGUGGGUUGAAAUCACCAGGAUUCAGGUUUCUUGCCCAGAUUUCCAGCUGUGAUGCUGUCAGAGCCAGGUCCUGGGUGUGAGGCUCAGCUGUGGAGCCUUGGGGAGUGUUGGCUGAGGUAAGGCUGGAGUGAGGCUUGGCUGGCUAACAAGGUUAGCUGGAGCUGCAGAUCUUUCAGGAACGCCAGCCCUUUGGAGCUGGGAGCUGUUCCUGUGUCUGGAUACACCACUGGGAAUUAAUUUGAUGUAUGGACUUCCAGGCUCUCAGUAAAGUGGAUCUGAACUCUGCUUGUAGGUGUAUAUUUGCUCUUUACUUAAGGGUAAAAAAAAAAAAGAAAAAAGUUAAAAAAAAAGACUAAAAAAAAACUUUUAUUAAAAAAAAUAUCUAUUUUUAUGGUUCCUUUUCCAAAGGACCCUAUGGCAAAUGCACAAGUACUGGAUUCCAUGUUACAGUUUUCACAUUGAAAACCAGGAAUGUCUGUGUUUUUAUAUCUGUGUCUGUAUCCAGCUAAGCUUUGGGAACACAACCAGAGCACAAACACUGAGCAGCAUCACCCUGGGACUGCUCAACGUUUGUACUCCCCCUUCAUGCUUCACCACCACUGCUUGACACCUUUUUACAAGGAAAAAGAAGAAAAAAAUUUUUAAAUAACCCUUCUCAGUAGCUCCCCCUGACUCUGAAUGUUCCAAGUGACAUAACUCAAGGCUCCUGUGCCAAAGCGUGUGUGUGUGGGGUGGUUUUUUUAAAGACACUUUAAAACUUGGCCUCAGUUGUGUUUUUACCUUGUCAGCCCCCCUGGGGGGCUUUGUGAGAGUUUAGUUUGCCUUUUUUUCUGGCUGUUUUAAAGCCCAGCUUCCUCCAGGCAGACGUGUGGUACUCUUGGUGCUGAGGAUGGAUUUUCCACCUGGGAGAGGGGAUUGAAGCCUCCCUGUGCCACUGUGAGCUGCUUGGGGUUUUGCUUUGUAACUCAUUUCCCUUUUGGCAGCAGUCAUCGCUGGUUUAAGCCUCACUGAGGAAGAUUCAGGGCUUGGAGAGCCCUUUCCUCUGUCCCAGGCUCUGUUUGGAGUGCUGGGUCUCAGGAGAUGAUGGGAAUUCUCCUGCCCUGCACGUGCUGCUCUCCAUGGAUCAGCCCCUCUCCCCCUGGAGAGAGCAGGGACAGAGCUGGCCCUUCCAGGACGCUGUCCUGCUGCCUUGGGGGAUGUGCAGGGACAGCACUGAGGUGAUCUGGGGCUGUGAGCAGAGCCCUUGGGAAGUGAGUUCCCGUUUUAAUUUGCUCCUCUCGGAGGAACUCGGGAUGGAGCUUUCCUCAGGUUUGGUGCUGGGAGAUGUCCUGCUUUUCAGAGGUGAAAACCAGUGGUGCUGCUCCACUGUGAGCAGCGUGGGGGUGAAUGCUCCUUCCCAGGUGCUGUGUGGGUGCAGGGACCCAGCUGCAGUGGCUCUUGCAGCCUCUGGAGCUGCCUGUGCAGUGCUGGUGGUGGCACCGGUGUCCUGUGCCAGAGGGACACUUGCAUUUCUGAUCUGCUUCAGUUGAAUUAACCCUGUUGGUUGGCAGAAGCUGAGUUAGGAGGUCCUGGGGGUGUUUAACACGUGUAACUGUCCCUAAACCAAUGAAGUUGGGUUUUUUUUAAGACUUGAUACGUUGUGAGAAGGGUGUGGAAAGAGAAUCCUGCUCUGUGCCUGCCUUCUUCCCACCUGAAGGGAAUUUCAGCUCAGAUCCAGAGCUGGAUGUGAUGUGUGGCAGGUGCAGAGCAGGUUGUGGAGCUGAGGGCUUUGCAGGGCUGUGGGUGUGUGGGUUUUUCCCUCCUCAAAGGCCUUUGCUUUGGUUUUUCCUUUUCUUUGACCUGUUGGAGUUGAGGGGAGAUGUUCUGUACGUCGUGGUGUGGUGAGAGAGAAUGGCCCAGGGGAGGAUUUGGGGGGCAGAGGUGAGAAAUGGGGUGUGGGGCUCGGGAGAGGAUGUGGUGUCUCUUGAACCACUGUGGCUGCAGCAGGGUGACCGUGUGGGGCCGAGGAGGAGUUUUGUGGAGCGAUCAACGUCCGAAUUAAACACGAAUUCUGUUCAA